ACAGUGAUAAACACAUAUUUAUUAGUCUGUACUAACCAGUCGCCUUCUUUUUGAAGAGGAAACGAAGACCGUCUAAUCGUGUGGCAGUCUGCUGUCCUUCGGCUUCUGAUUAUGAAACCCACUUCUUGACAACAUCAGCAAUAAAGUGGGGGCCGUUAUCAGAGGACUGUCCAUCUCGGGGGACCCCAUGGUGGUGAAUAAUGUCAUUGAACAAGACCCGAAUGACCUCCUCAGGCCAUCCUAUCAAGGUGAUGAAGGACAAAUCAUCGGUUGAAUGAGGGACUUCAGUGAACCCAGCCCGUAAGACUUGACCCUUAUCUUUGUGACAAUCUGCUCCAGAGGAUACCAUGGGUCAGACCUAUUCGGAUGAGGCCGAGCCAAAACCUGGGGACAUGAUUGAAUUUUCCCGGCCCGUUUACAAGCAUUAUGCCAUCGCCGUUGACAAGGAACAUGUGGUCCAUCUGACAAGUGCGGAGACAAAUGGUUCCUCCCAAUAUUCUUCAUUUGUCAGUGGCCUCAAAGCAGUGGUGAAGCUUGAACGCCUUUCCCAAGUGGCAGGGAUCUGCAAAUACCAGAUUAAUAACAAGUAUGAUGAAAAUUAUAAGCCCAGGCCACUGAACAAGAUUGUCCAAGAUGCACUCUCCCUGGUUGGGCAGGAGAUGGAUUAUAACCUGCUGAAGGAGAACUGUGAACAUUUUGCCUCCAGCCUGCGCUAUGGCAUCCCGGAAAGUAAACAGGCUAAGGAUGUCAUAAUUGCUGGAUCAACUAUCCUAGGUGUUCUUGGAACUAUUAGUUUGGCAGGUAUUCUUGCAGCAUUGAUCAGCAAGGCAGUUGAGAAAGAGGAACCUGUAGAUGAGUAACUCCUGGAUCAAAACGGAAGAAGCCUGCUGGCCGGAUUCUGCCCAGGAGGAUCCUGCUGGCCUGACAUCCUGUUUUCUCCCUUCCUGGGAUUCUGGUGCCACUUUUCUGCUUUCCAUGUAUUUGACCAUUUAGAAUAAAAUCUAUGUGAACUCUUA